CUGUUAUAGCAUAUGCCUUGAAGUGAUGAGAAGAUUUUUGUUACUAUAUGCUACACAGCGAGGACAGGCAAAGGCCAUAGCAGAAGAAAUAUGUGAACAAGCUGUGGCACAUGGAUUUUCUGCAGAUCUUCACUGUAUUAGUGAGUCAGAUAAGUAUGAUCUAAAAACCGAAACAGCUCCUCUUGUUGUUGUUGUUUCUACUACUGGCACCGGAGACCCACCUGACACAGCCCGCAAGUUUGUUAAAGAAAUACAGAACAAAACACUGCCAGUUGAUUUCUUUGCUCACCUGCGGUAUGGAUUAUUGGGUCUGGGUGACUCAGAAUACACAUACUUUUGCAAUGGGGGAAAAGUAAUUGAUAAACGACUUCAAGAGCUUGGAGCCCGACAUUUUUAUGACACUGGACAUGCAGAUGACUGUGUAGGUUUAGAACUCGUGGUUGAGCCGUGGAUUGCUGGACUCUGGGCUGCCCUCACAGAGCAUUUUCAGUCAAAUAGAGGACAAGAGGAGAUAAGUAGAGUGCUCCCAAGGGCAUCCCAUAUCUCCCUGAGGACAGACCAAAUGAAACCAGAGUUACUACACCUUGAAUCACAAGUCGAGCUUCUGAGAGUAGAUGAUUCAGGAAGAAAGGAUUCUGAGGUUUUGCAACAAAAUACAGUGAACAGUGGUCAAUCAAGUGCUUUAAUUGAAGAUUUUGAAGCCUCGCUUAUCCGUUCAGUACCCCCACUCUCACAAGCCUCUCUUAAUGUUCCUGCUUUGCCCCCGGAUUACUUGCAGGUGCAUCUCCAGGAGUCUCUCUGCCAGGAGAAAAGCCAAACAUCUGUGACUUCAGUGGAUCCAAUUUUUCAAGUUCCAAUCUCAAAGGCAGUUCAACUUACUACGAAUGAUGCCAUAAAAACCACUCUGUUGAUAGAAUUGGACAUUUCAAAAACAGAUUUUCCCUAUCAGCCUGGAGAUGCCUUCAAUGUGAUCUGUCCUAACAGUGAUUCUGAGGUACAAAACCUCCUCGAAAGACUGCAGCUUGCAGAUAAAAGAGAAUACUGUGUCCUCUUGAACAUUAAGGCGGACACAAAGAAGAAAGGAGCUGCCUUACCCCAGCAUGUACCUGAGGGAUGUUCUCUCCAAUUCAUUCUUACCUGGUGUCUUGAAAUACGAGCACUUCCUAAAAAGGCAUUUUUGCGAGCCCUUGUGGACUAUACCAGCAACAGCGCAGAAAAACGCAGGCUGCAGGAGCUGUGUAGCAAACAAGGGGCAGCUGACUACAGCCGCUUUGUACGGGACGCCUGUGCCUGUUUGUUGGACCUCCUCCUCGCUUUCCCGUCAUGCCAGCCACCACUUGGUCUCCUGCUUGAACAUCUUCCUAAACUCCAACCCAGACCAUAUUCAUGUGCCAGCUCAAGUUUAUUUCACCCAGGGAAGCUUCAUUUUGUUUUUAACACUGUGGAGUUUUUGUCCAACACCACAACAGUGGUUUUGCGGAAGGGAGUGUGCACAGGCUGGCUAGCCACCUUGGUUGACUCAUUUCUUCAGCCAAACACACAUGUGUCAUGUGAAGACAGCGAAAAAGCCUUGUCUCCGAAGAUAUCCAUUUCUCCUCGGACAACAAAUUCUUUCCACUUACCAAAUGACCUCUCAGCUCCCAUCAUAAUGGUGGGUCCAGGAACUGGCAUAGCACCCUUUAUUGGUUUCCUACAGCAUAGAGAGAAACUCCAAGAACAACACCCAGAUGGAAAUUUUGGAGCAAUGUGGUUGUUUUUUGGCUGCAGACAUAAGGAUAGAGAUUAUCUAUUCAGAGAAGAGCUCAGACAUUUCCUUAAGCAAGGCAUUUUAACUCACCUGAAGGUUUGCUUCUCAAGAGAUGCUCCUGUGGGGCAGGAGGAAACCCCAGCCAAGUAUGUGCAAGACAACAUCCAGCUCCAUGGCAAGCAGGUGGCAAGAAUCCUUCUUCAUGAGAAUGGUUAUAUUUACGUGUGUGGAGAUGCUAAGAAUAUGGCCAAGGAUGUAAAUGAUGCCCUUGUAGAAAUAAUAAGCAGAGAGGCUGGAGUUGAAAAACUAGAAGCAAUGAAAACAUUGGCUACUUUAAAAGAAGAAAAACGGUAUCUUCAGGAUAUUUGGUCAUAAAACCAGAAAUUGAAGAGAAUUAAGCUUUUUUGGCUGAAAAUACUAAAAGACAAUUUUACUGAACCUGAGACUUUACAUUUUUAAAAUAAAUUUUAACAUUUCUUGGAGGGGUGGGUGUGGGGAAUGGAUUGCUGAACAAUAUAAGACAAUUUAUGAUUAGAUUUUGCAUGUCAGCCCUCUGCUUCCUUCCUGCGCCCCUGAUGCUCCCCACACUGCUGGGUUGCUUGUGGGCUCCCCUGAAGCCUCCGUUACUUCCCAGAGAGCUUCAGAGAGACCCUUACCAGUUCACAGGGGCUCUCCCUAUACAUGCAAAGGCUUUUGAUACAAGGCAGCGGCUCUAAAAUUGACUGAUUGGCCGGGCGCGGUGGCUCACGCCUGUAAUCCUAGCACUCUGGGAGGCCGAGGCGGGCGGAUUGCUCAAGGUCAG